ACGCGGGCGACCGUUGCUGUCACGUGUUCGCCCCAGCGUUCCUUUCUCCGCCCCCGCCCCACCCGCUGUCUUCUCGCUCCAAGGCGACGGAGACGCAGUGCGGCUGAGGGAAGGGAGGGAGGCGCCAUGGGAGAAGGCGGCGAGCUGCCGGACUUCGAGGGGCUCGUGCUGGAUCUGGGGCAGGAGAAGCAGAUGAAAGAAGUGCUAGAACUCUCAGUAUUCGAAAUGAAAAACACAGUAGCAGAACUGGAGAAAAGACUUAACAGUGUUGAGGAUGAAGACAAUGAAUGGAAAACCAGAUAUGAAACCCAAAUAGAAUUGAAUAGACAGUUAGAAAGGCAAAUUGGCCUUCUCCAGCGAAAAAUGGAGCAAGUUCAUGAAAGCCCAACAGACAGAUUGGCAUCUGUUCGCUCCUUUGAUCAAAUGCAUGUGGAUUCUUUAAAUCAAUUUCUUAAACAACUGGGAGAAGAGAAGAAAAGUCUGCAGAACCAACUGAAAGAUUACGAGCUUCGAUUGGAACAAGAAGCAAAGGCUUACCAUAAAGCUAAUGAUGAACGUCGUGCAUACUUAGCCGUGAUUUCACAAAUUUCAGGAUCACUGAAACCCUCAGAGAGGCAGAAAAUGGAUGCAGUAGAAAUGAAGAGGGAAGACCAGCUUAUGCGAGGAAAGUGCAAUAUUCCAAGAAAUCAACGAAUAUUGGACCCAAAGAAAGGACCAAUUAAAAAGACUGCAGGAGUCAAGCAUCUUCCGAAACUGAAGCUCUGAUUUCUUAUUCCUGGGUCUUUUAGUCAUUUGUUCUUCCUUUCUCCCAAUAGGAAUUUUAGUGAAGUGCAAAGUAUUAUUUUGAUACAGAUUAUAUUAAAAGUAACGCUCCUCUUCCUAAUCACGUUUAGGAACAAGCAAG